CAAAUCUAUUUUAUAACUCGUCCGUGGCAAAAAUAUGCAACCAACCAAUAGGAAUAAGUAUGAAAGUAUUCGUUAAUCGAGCAGUGGGGAAAGGCAGUGACGAGUGACUACGAAUUACAAUUAGCGACACAACAAAUGAAAGCGUGACGUGAAUACGCUGGUUUACCAUACCGCGUCGGGAUAAUGUCGUUCGAGAAGAAAAACGUUAUUCGUUUAUAAAGCAGGGUACAUAAAAGCCCCAUAAUUUAAUCUCGGCACUGUUUUAUCGUACAGUUGCCAGAAAAUGGAAGCAGACUAUCAACCGACGCUAAAUCCAACGCGAACUUUGACAGCAAUAGCUAAUGAAGUCGAAGACCCAUACCCAAGUUUGUCAGAUUAUCAUGAUUAUGAGCCCAACUUGGAGUUUGAUGAUACUGAGUUACAAACUACUUCAAAUAAUGCACAGCUUUUAGAAGAAAAGUUGGAUUUAAUUAACAAUGCAGGAAAUUAUUUGGAGAGUCCAGUAAGCGAUGGAACAAUUGAAGAAAACUUUGAAGAAGCUUUGGUAGAUGCUCCAGUUAUCAAAUCCGCAGAGGAUCUUGCUGCAUUAGAUGGUGAACUUGCGGAUGAAGAAGAUUAUCUUGAUAUAUCAAGAUAUGGCAUUGUAGAAGUGGUUGGUGAUGAUAAUGCUGGUCGUAAAGUAAUAGUAGUAUCUGCAUGUAAAUUACCUCCUGUUGGAAAAGAAACUUUUAAUUAUGCAAAACUUCUCAGGUAUCUCACACAUACUUUAGAUACAUUUGUAGAACAAGACUAUAGUCUAGUUUAUUUUCAUUAUGGUCUUACUUCAAAAAAUAAACCACCAUUGUCUUGGUUAUGGCAAGCAUAUAAAGCUUUUGACAGAAAAUAUAAAAAAAAUUUAAAAGCAUUAUAUUUGGUGCAUCCAACUAAUUUUAUUAGAAUUGUAUGGCAAAUAUUUAAGCCAGCUAUUAGUGCAAAGUUUGGUCGGAAAAUGAUGUAUGUCAAUUACUUAGAAGAAUUAGCACAAUACAUUAAUCUUGAUCAACUUAUUAUACCUCCUCAAGUAAUAGAACACAAUGAACAGCUAAUGUUAAAGAAUAAAAAGAAUUUACCAACAAGUCCACCUCAGAGUACGGUAACAACACCAGUUGGUACCACUCAAUUUGGAGCAAGUCUCACUUUUAUUAAAGAAAAUAACAAUGGUGAUCCUAUACCACCAAUAGUGCGACAAUGCAUUGAAUUUCUUGAUAUGCCUGAUGCAUUAGAAACAGAAGGGAUAUUUAGAAGAUCAGCUAAUGUAGCAGUAGUUAAAGAACUUCAAAAUCGUUGUAACCAAGGAUUACCAAUUGAUUUUCAAGGAGACCCGCAUAUAGCAGCUGUUCUUCUUAAAACGUUUCUUCGAGAAUUAGAUGAACCACUUAUGACAUAUGAUUUAUAUGAUGAAAUAACACAAUUUCAAGCUCUAUCGAAAGAUGAACGUCCAAGAAGAGUUAAAAUAUUAGUACUUGAAAAACUUCCAGAAGAUAAUUAUCAGGUUUUAAAAUAUAUCGUACAAUUUUUAUCAAGGGUAAUGGACAGAUGUGAUUUAAACAAAAUGACAUCAAGUAAUCUCGCCGUUGUAUUUGGUCCAAAUCUUGUCAGAGCACCACCAUCACGUGGAAUGUCACUUUCCGCAAUAGGUCCCAUUAAUCAAUUUAUAGACUUUUUAUUUACCCAUCAGGAUAAAAUAUUUAUUAUAUAAAGAAAAUAUAGGAUUGAACGCUAAAGGCCUAAUUUAAAACGAAAUUAAUACUUUAUCUAUGUUAUAGAACAGAAAUUUUAUAAAUUUGGCUGCCAAGUUUGAUAUUGUAUGAAUUUACAUAAAUAACUUCGAAGAAAAUUUUAUAGAAUUUUUAUUGAAAAUUAUCAAGUUCCUAAGAAUUUCAUUUUAAAAUGUAAAAACAAGAAUCUUCGAAGUCAUAUCAAACUUGUUGGAACUUGAACGUAACAACUCAACAUGUAUAAUAUUCAUAUUUAAUUAUAACAUUCGUACUUUGUUGAUUAAAAUAUUUUUAUAUUUAAAUAUACAGAUAGAAAAAUACUUGCAUAUCUAAUGUCACAAACAGCGUUUAAUUAUACAACUUGCACAAAAUUUUUUUUUUAGUAAAUUAAUAUAAUAAUUUCAUGGGACAUAAAAAUAUUGUAAAUCAAUCUGGAUAUACAAUUCAAAAAUAUGUAAAGUUACAUAAAAAUUAAUGGUAUACCAAAGAUAUAUGAAAAUAUCAUGCAAUUUAUAAAAUAUAGGAUUAUUUAAAAUUAGCAUAAUGUAGUAAAAUUAGAUGGGCAAAUUAUGUUGUACAGGAUGCCUUGCUCGCAUAAUUUUAUUAACUUAUAUAA